AUGGAACUUCUUUCUACAUGGGAAAAAUUCAUUCCUAACUACAAGUGUGAUGCCUCAAAUAAUCCAGUUGCUGUUAUUGGGGGACCCAAUGUCAACACAUAUCUUCCCAUGACAACCAUCCUGUCUAUCUAUAAGGUUUUACAGCUCACAUAUGGCUCAGCUCCACUGCAAACUACAAAAAUUCAGACCACAUUCUUGUACUCGAUGUUCCCAAAUUGGUCUCUUCAGUAUAUAGGGAUUAUCCAGUUACUACUGUUUUUCAAAUGGACAUGGGUCGGGGCGCUUUAUCUGGAUGAUGACAAUGGAGAGGAAUUUGCACAGCUCGUGCUUCCUACAUUUCUUGAGAAGGGCAUUUGCUUUGAUUUCAUUAAAAAGUUCCCUCAAGUAAGUUUUUCCAGUGAUAUUGGAAGCAUUGUGGUAGAAGGAUUUACAACAUUUGCUUUUGUACUGGAAAGUUCUGCGACUGUUGUGGUCAUAAAUGGUGAGAUUCAGACCAUGAUGGUUAUAAGAACAUUGCUCUAUUUCACAGAAAAUGAACAUAUAUCUGGUAUGAAAAAGGUCUGGAUAAUGUCAGCCCAGAUGGAUAUCACAUCUCUUCCUUUCCAACGAACUUGGGACAUGGACUUUAUCCAUGGUGCUCUGUCUCUUGCUGUUCACUCUAAUGAGGUGUCAGGCUUCCAGAAUUUCCUUCAUAUCAGAAAACACAUCUCAGAAACAGAAGAUGGUUUUAUCAGGGACUUCUGGCAAGAAGCAUUUAAUUGUCUUCUCCCGGGCUCUUUAGGAGACAGCCCAGAUGGAGAAAACUGCACAGGGGAGGAGAAGCUGGAGAAUCUUCCAGGAUCUGUCUUUGAAAUGAGCAUGACUAGUCAUAGCUAUAGCAUCUACAAUGCAGUCUAUGCUGUGGCACAUGCUUUGCAAGCGAUGGAUUCUUCCAAAUUCAGUCGCAGAAUAUUGGCAAAUGUCAACACAGGGAAGCCUCUCCAUCAG